AUGCGCUGCCGCGUGCACCUCGCCGCUCUCCUCCUCCUCCUCUUCCUCCUCUCCUCCCGCGUCGCCGCCGCCGCCGCUGGCGCUGGGGGCGCCCCGGACGCCGCGCCCCCGGGACGGCCGCAGCCGUGCCUGGACGAGCUGCUGCCGUGCACGGCGUACCUCAAGACCGCCAAGCACCCCUCCAACACGUGCUGCACGGCCAUGCACCACGCCGCAGCCGCGGAGAUGCCGUGCCUCUGCCGCCUGCUCGCAGACCCGGAGCUGCUUGCCACGUUCAACGUCACCAGGGAGCAGAUGUUCAGGCUCCCCGCCCGCUGCGGCCUCCCCGUCGGAUGCCGCGCCGGCGCCCAUGAGCCAGUCGUGGAAGCGCCGCCGCCGCCAGCCCCUACGCCGCCGCACCACCAAGGUGACUCGUCGGGCGGCGACGGGUUGAGGGACUGCGUCUGGCGCUUGAUCGCGUCGGUGGUUUUGGGCGGAAUGUUCUCUGUUGCUGCGCUAUCCUAG